ACUAAUCGUGGGCGGUUCUAGUGCGCAUUCUUCUGACCAAUGACACACCAGGAUUCAGUUGUUCAAUGGACCAAUCGAAAACUAGUAUUGCUUUUAGAUACAAUCAGCAGAGACAGCCAAUCAUGAAAGGUUCUGGGGGUGUAUUUUUCAGACCAAUGGCAGGCCAGGAUUCCCUCAAUGGACCAAUGGCAGACCAGCAAGUGACAGGUGACAAUAUUUGCACCUGCGGCAUGAGCACACCUUUGUUCGACAGGAGUCCAUUGCUUUCAUUCACGGUCGAUUCCCCAACCAGUGAAGACCGUAUCUCAGCUUCUCCUCACGGACAGCGCGCCUCAAGCCGAAAUGUUUGGCCGCGGGAAGCCAAGAGCUAGAGGCAAGCGCCGAGGAAGAGUGCCAAGAGUUACCGUACCGUCCGCGGCAACAUCCACGGCAUCGCCAUACAAGCCUUCAGGCCAGCCGGGAACCGUCAACAGAAUCUCCCGGCUAAUAUACUUUGAGAUUUGCUUUGUUAAAGAUGCGUUGGAAGCCAAUCUGAUGUGCACUGAGUGUCACAAUGCCGGAUCUACCAGCAUCCCUCUCUGUCUGGAGGAAGAGCGAUUCUUCUUGGUCAAAGGUCACAACUUCCGGUCCCUCUCGGAUGACGUUCUUCAGCCCUUCCAACAGGUGAGCAGUCUCUCGUUCUUGGAGGCCAACGUCACGGACGUGAGUGCGGGAGCUCUCGCGAGACUUCAGCACCUCGAGUUUCUCGGAAUUGUGGGCAGCAAUUUACCCGUGCUAGAGCCAGGUAGUUUCUCCCUACCCGAAGCAAGAUGGCUGUCUCUGAGACAGAACAAAAUCCACACGAUCGAGCCACGCGCUUUCGAUGGUUCCCGCCACAUAACCUUUCUGGAUCUCCAUGGCAACGACCUCCAUGUCGUCAUGACUGCUUCCUUCCGUGGUCUGACGUCACUGACCUCACUUGACCUUGACUUCAACAGGAUCAAGCACGUCAUGGCAUGCGCCUUCGAAUCCCUGCUGUCUCUUGAAUCUCUGAGCCUUGAGAGCAACGAACUGAAUGCACUGAAGAAACACUGGUUCUGCGGUCUCUCCCGCCUGGAAGUUCUCAACCUGGCAAAGAACAAGAUCGCGGACAUACAUCAGGGUAGCUUCCAGGCGCUUCAGGCUCUGCGAUCGCUCGACCUCUCCAGCAACAAACUGACCUACGUUCACGCCCAUUGUUUUCACAACAUGACGAGCCUCGAGAAGCUCUCCCUGGCGGAUAAUCGGAUUAUUGCAGGAGCAGAUGGGUCGCUUACUGGAUGGAUGAUGAUGGUGGAUCUGCGUCACAACCCCUUGAGGUGCACCUGCGCAAGCCCAUGGCUUCAUGGGCUCAGUUUCAACAACAGCAGUCGGCCCACCUGUGGGUACCCGCCCCUGUGGCGUGGCCAAAAACUCCCGGGCCACAAUGUAACCUUGCCGUGUCCACUUGCAGCACUGUCCACCAGUCUGAAGGUGUCCGCCGUUCCCACAUCGCUCUUAUCAGCGCCUCCUGUCUCCUUCCACUAUACCUACACCGCCACCUGUCGCCUGUACUGGGAACGACAACCCCAACUCGUGUGGAUGAUCGGGAACGACGAGAGCGUGGACCUGCCAAGCGGUCUGCUUCCUGGCCAGAAAACGACUGUCACGGUAUCCGUGGCAACGUACAACGUCACAGCAACGGUGAAACACACCUUAUCGCAGAAAGGUUGGUCCUGUCGACGAUGUAUCAUGCUUAACUCCGGACAGCACAUCGAUGGCGCUGAGGGUAUCAGUUCUAUCAGCUACCUGGGCAAGACGGAAACCACGAUACAAGUGCGCACUCAUCGUGUCACUAGCUUGCCGGAGUGCGUCGCAAUAACUGAAGACAAAAAUUUUACCAUUCCAACCGGCUCAACGUCCCAACAAACGAUAACGACGGCCAAACCUUCACCACCUCCACCGACGACUGUCCGCCACCUGACAAACUCGGAGCAGACCUCACCAGAGCGCCUCCUGGUGACCACGCAACGACCGACAACUACAUUAUACGGCACAACAAGUGCACGUGCCAGAAAAGAGACACAAGACACAGACCAAUCUUCAGGGAGUUUGUCGUGCGUCCUGAUCGCCUUGUUGGCCUCAGCAGCGAUGGGUUUACUGACCGGCAUCCCUUCCCUGUGCGUCAUGCACAGGCGCAGACGGCAGGAUCGGCGUCGGAAGAGGAUCUGGCAAGAGUCUCUGAGAGGAAGCCUUACCGUCAACAAGAAAUACGCGGGGGCCGGGGGUAAUGAAGAAACUGUUAAUAACACUGAGAGCAACACAGAAAACGACCCUGACAUUCUUACACCCAACCUGUACGAACAUGCGCACGAAUACGAGACGUGCCCAUCACCACGGCCACUGCCACCACCUGUGACGUCCACACAACAGCGCCACCUCGCGGGUGGACAGCCAACGUCAUACAGCACCCUCCAGGUCACCAACAGUGACUGCGGGAUGUACAGAACGGAGGAGGAUGGCGCCGUGCCCGCCGACCCGAAUGCGCCGCCUCUGGAGGUGUACACGCCGAGUGACGUCGCUUUGGAAGACGUGGACGAAGGCUCUUCGGGAGGAGUCGAAAAUGAGUCAACUUCCGGCAAUGAUAGCGAGGACACGUGUGAGGGAACCGCUUAACUGAAAAUGCACGUAUUUCUGGAGAAAACUGAAAAAGAAACCAAGCAAUCCUACAGUUGACAAGAGUAUCCCGACACGAUGUUCUCGCGAUCGCUAAGAUCAAGGAGCCGUCUUAGAGAAAACUGUGCAGCACACUUAGGGUUGUGAGACGAUUUUUCAAUCACACCUCCUGGCAGAACAUUUUCAAAUGUUACUUUUCAGCACCUGUCUAAGUACAAACACUUACAAGCUUUUGCGGCCUUCCUUCCUUUCCUCCUCUUGCAUUUCUUUCACACACUAAGACAUUUAGAACUGUACACGUACUGUAUACACCUGUGAUGACGUGUUUCUUUUUUUAUACCGUUUCCGGUGACUGAAAGUAAAACUGUUUCAAGAGGGAAACGCUCACUCAGCGUGUUAUAGUACUUCACUACGGAUGGUCGCUGGGGCAGCAACCGCCAGAACCUUUCCACGACAAGUUCCCGACAGUGUCGGACAUUUCUUUAAGACGUGAUCGUUAUGGUCUAGAUUCACUUACGAUAGCAAGACAAAGCAAUUAUUUCCUGUUAUGUACUUUCUUUUCCCUUGUAAAUUCAGACGACUACUCGUAUGAGCGGAAUAAAACUUAGAAUAUAUUACUCCUUUCGCAUUAGAAGAGCGACAUAGGUCGUAAAGAAAAACAACAACAUUAUAAAAUAGUGACUUUUUUUAUUACAUUGAUAAAAUCAUUUGGCAUUGCGUCAUAUGAAAGAUAUGAUUUGAUACAAGAACAGAUGCGUAGGAACCAAAAGUGAAAAAAAAAUGACGAGUACUAUAAAUGUAAGAAAAAUCCUAUCAACACAUUUUGUAUGGCUUAUGCAACAAAGCUUGAUAUUUUAUAAAAAUCAAUCCAUUGUCAUCAAACAUAAAUGUAAAUCAUUUGAUAUUGAUUUUUAAAUAAUGCUAUAUGAAAAUUUGCAUUGUCAUUAUAUAAUGUACGAUGUAUGAUGUAAACUUGUUAAGACAGUGUGAGCCGCAAAAUUACUGAUACCAUUGCACAAGAACUUAAUCAUCUUCACAAAAACUUUAUCAUAUCUAUCUUAACUAUCUUAACUAUGUCUUGUAUACUCACUUACUAGUGUCUAGUAUCUGAGGUUUACAAAACAAAACUUAAUGUAUAAAUGUACCCAUGUGAACUGGCACUUACAAUUUGUACGAGUCAUUAGUUGAAAUAAAUCUAUGACG